GAACUCCUCGAAAAUGGGAGAUUGAUUAAUUACGUAAGCUCAUGCGUAUGAUGUUUGAAACCUUUGCACGUUCAAACAUAUUAUACAAAGUGCUUUUGGACUAUUUAUUUUAUCUGAAAAGGACAAUAAUUCAAACCACCUCAAUAAAAUAAUUCAUCGAUACUUUACUAUUCAAUUAAGAACACUAAAUGGAGCGAAAAAUUCAACCCACAAACUGUAAUUUCUAAAACCACUUGUGGUUGGAUUUUUCGUACCCUUUGAUUCUUGAACCCCAAGAAAAAAAAUCACUACAAAAGUGAUUUUCUUCCCUCAAUUCUUGAACUUGAGCGAAUCCUCCAUUGAAGAAGAAGAUGGAAGAAUUGAAACUCCAUGGAACUUGGCCAAGCCCUUUCAGUUACAGAGUCAUUUGGGCUUUGGCACUCAAAGGCAUUCCCUACGAAUACAUUGAAGAAGAUCUCUCCAACAAAUCUUCUCUCCUUUUGCAAUACAAUCCCGUUCAUAAGAAGAUUCCAGUCCUCGUCCAUGCCGGAAACCCUAUCUGUGAAUCCAUUAUCAUUCUCGAAUAUAUCGAAGAAACGUGGCCGCAAAAUCCCCUGCUGCCUUCCGAUCCUUACGAGAGAGCCACUGCUCGAUUCUGGAUCAAAUUCAUAGACGAUAAGGGCACGGUGGUUUUUAAGAUAUUUCGUGCGAAGAAUGAGGAAGAACGGGAAGAAGCGAAGAAACAGAGCUUAGAGAUGCUGAGAACCGUCGAGCAAUGGGGAUUCGGCGGCGGAGAGAGGAAAUUCUUCGGAGGAGAUGAGAUCGGAAUGGCGGAUUUGGCGUUCGGCGCGAUUGCGUAUUGGUUGGGAAUGAUUGAGAAAGUGACGGGAGUGAAAUUGUUGGACGUCGGCGAGUUCCCUCAGGUGUAUGGUUGGAUUGAAAGGUUCAGGGAAGCGCCGGUGAUCAGAGAUAAUCUUCCGGACUGGAACCUCAUGGUGGAAACUUUCCGGCGCCGGAGGGAGCAACUGUUGGAAUCUCCGAAAACAUAAAACUCUUAAAACAUAUAAUUUUAUUUCUUCGUCUGACUUUAAAUAAAAAUGAACCUACGAGAAAAGCUAAUUUGGCAAAUUUUUAAAGAGGGUUGAAGAUGAGAAGUCUGUUGAUUAUAAUAGUUUAGGUUUGGAACGCAGACUAUUCAUUCUAUUAUAACUAUUUAAUUCUUAUCGAUUUUAAUGAAAUUAAAUAUCACAAUUUUAUUAA